AUGAAUCGAUAUUGGUGGAGGUCGAAUAAUGAUCAGGGUAUUCACUGGAAAGCUUGGGAUAAGUUAUGUAUUCCAAAGAAAUAUGGAGGAUUGGGGUUUAAAGAAUUGAGAGCGUUUAACCUAGCUAUGCUUGGAAAACAAGGAUGGCGUUUCCUGACACAGCCACAAUCAUUAGUUUCAAGAGUUUAUAAAGCCAGGUAUUAUCCCACUAAUUCUUUAUAUGAUGCAUGUUUGGGAAUUAACCCGAGCUUUUGUUGGAGGAGUAUUUUGGCAGCACAGGAAUUGAUUUGUGGGGGAGUUAGGAGGAGAAUUGGAAAUGGCCAAUCAACAUUGAUAUGGGAUCAUCCAUGGUUGCAUGAUGGGUUACAACCGAAGAUAUUAACAGAAAAACCACCCCAAUUGGCACAGGCGAAAGUAGUGGGUCUGAUGGAUCAACAGACACGAACCUGGGAUAAAGAUAUUCUAACAGAUAUUUUCAUACCUGAGGAUAUUGAACGAAUUCUGAAAAUACCUGUGUCACCAGAUUAUGAGGAUUUGUGGUACUGGUAUGGGGAUCCAAGAGGUGAAUAUUCUGUUAAGAAUGGAUACAGAACAGUAGUUGGAGAAUAUAGCCAACAGGUUGUGACAUUUGAUAAAUGGCAAAAGUUAUGGAAGCUUAAAAUCCCACCCAGGUGGAAAACAUUUUUAUGGAGAGCUCUAAAUGAUAUUUUGCCCACUACAAAGAACCUACUUAUAAAGAGGGUUGAUAUUGACCCAACAUGUGCUAUGUGUGGAAUUGAACAUGAAGAUGUUGUGCACUCCUUGAUCAAAUGUACCUACACGGCAGCCAUUUGGACACAAUCCCACCUUCCAAUCCCCAAUAAUGUUAUAAAUAUUUUUGGAGAUUGGUUUAAUGAUUUGAUGAAUGUUUUAGAUGAUGACGGGAUUAUUUAUGCAGUUGCAAUACUCUAUUAUAUUUGGCGCACAAGGAAUGGAGCUGUGUGGGAUGCGUACUUACCCAGGCCUCGGAAAGUGGUUGUGAUGGCGGCAUCAGCUCUCAAUGCUUGGAAGGCGGUUCACCACCGAACACCAACUCAGCCGAUCCAUGCUACCACGGUAGACCACACCAUAGCAGUAACAACCGGUGCGGACGUGCCUAUAGCCACGGCGUUACAUACGGCUGCCACGCCCAUCGUCACAGUACAUCGACCGCAACUCUCUACGACAUACACCGCGCGCAAUGCUGUUCACGGCAUGAGGGGAAAAUGCUACUUCGAUGCGGCUUACGAUCCACAGACGAACAGGACAAGAAUGGGAGCAAUUAUCCUAGACGGCCAAGGGAGUUAUAUUGCAGCCAUGGCUACUACAGUGAUAGAUUGUUUUUCAGCCCUAAUGGCGGAGGCUGUUGCAUGCAAGGAAGUAUUGUCAUGGUUGAGGAGUCGCGAAAUAAACUCUAUCGAGCUAUACACGGAUUGUUUGGUGCUUCAACAAUGCCUGUCUUCUACGACACACUCGUCACGGGAUUACUUGGGCUAUGCCAUUGAUAGUUGCAGGACUAGUUUAUCGACAUUUGAUUACUGUUUACUUCAUUACAUUCCUAGAGUAGAUAAUUAUUUAGCUCAUACAUUAGCAUCUACUACAUUUACUGACUCGAAUCCUAUGUACUGGGAUUCUGCUCCUCCAGCUUCUAUUUCUGCAUACUUCGAAUAA